GCGGUUUAAAUAGUAUUUUCGAAUGUUGUAUCUUAUAAAUUUUUUGUAAUGUCCGCAGUAUGUGUUGAAAAUAUAAUUAAGAAAUUUUUAUCGUGUAAUUCAUUAAGUACAUUUGAGCAAGAAUGGCCAUCAAUAUUAAAUGUUAUGGAAAGAGAUGAUAAUAUCCGAUACCUUCCACAAUUAAAUGAAAUAGUUUUUAGAACGAUACUGAAGCAGUAUCCCCAAAAUUUAUUAGAGAAUACUAUAAUCCAUCCAAUUCUUUCUUUCUUUCAUAAGACAUUUUGUUCUAAUAUAUCAAGUAUAGUAGAUUUAUUGAAGACCAACUAUAAUGAAGAAAAUAAUGAUGUUUUAGUAAAAUUGAAUCAGUUCCUACAGGUCAGUAUUCAUGUUAUUGAUGGCUACUCUACCUUGAUUGACUGUUUAUCUAAUUUAGGAAUUCUCAAAUUGUCUUACGUCAAAAGUGUUUUAACAACUCUUCCUUCUGUAUUGUUUGUAGCAUUUAAUCACUGCUAUGAAAGUGAGAAAUUAUAUGGAAUAUACUUUUUAUCAACUACAGUUUAUCUUACCUCUUUAUUUCGGAAAAGUUACGAAAUAUCUAAUAUAUUAUAUAGAUGGAUAGAUGACUGCAUUCAUUUUGAUUUUGAACUAGAUGAUGAUACAAAUGUUUUAACUAGAGCUUUGGAAACACUAUAUUCAGUUGGCGAUAUUGCUGUUCGUCUUGAUGUUAAAACAACGGUAGAACAAUGGAAGAGGCUUGUUAAAUUAACGAGUAAAUAUGCAACUUUUUUGAAAAACAAAUUGGAUAUAUCAGUUCCUAUUAAAUUUCUGUGUUCCAGUUUGCAAAACACUAUUAAAACUAUAGUGCUUGAAGAGAAUGAAAAAGAAGCGAAAUUAAAGACUCGAGAUUUAAAAUUAGCCAAUUUUCAGCUGAAAGUGAUAGUUAAAUUGUGUGAAAUGUAUAAAGGUUAUUUAAAUGGUUCUGAAGACUGUCUGCUAAAUUUGCUGGUUGUGUUAAAUAGGUGUUCUAGGCUGGGUAAUAAGGUUGAUGAUACCGAAAUAGAGAGAUUUCUAGUCAUAGGAGCAGCUCCACUAUUAUCUCAUUUACUUGAAGAUAGAUCUUUUCUUGAAAGGUUUACCAAAGUGACUAGCAAUUUGCAUUUAUUAUCUUCGGAAGAAGCUGUUGGAUAUUUGUUUACUCAUCUUCGUCUUCUGAAAUUUUUAAUUUCUUGCAAUGAUGAGGAGAUUAAAGGAAGUUGGUUAAAAAUUCCAUUAUUGCCUAAUAUAAUUAAUCUGUAUUCAAUGAGUUAUUCAAUUCUAAAUUUAAAUAUUAAAAUUGAAGGAACUGACGUAUACACUACAUUAAUAAGUAUCUGUGUUGCCUUUAUGAUCUCCUGUUUAACAUGUGAACAGUUUGUUGAAACUGAAUAUAUUUUAAUAGAAUUUCUCUUUACUUCUGAUGUACAAACUGGAGUGCUUAUAUCUGACAUCAUGUGUCUCAUAGGAAGGUUAACAAAUGAAGAAGUUUGUCUCGAAGAAACAAAAUUUCUGUGUCAGAUUUUGUGUAACUUGGACUGGGUUGGAAUGCAAAGACCAGAGGCUUGUAUAGUUGGUCUCACUGCUGGAAGACUUUUUCACCUGCUUUCAAAAAAUGGACAAGAUAUCAUCGAAAAACAAUUUCAACUACAGCUACAUCCUCAUCUCUCGCUUUAUUUGAAUCAUGAUUUUAUAAUGUCUUAUGAUGUGAUUACUAGUGCAUUAUUGGCUAAAGAUACUAAGAAGUGUUCUUCGCAUCAAUUUUUACAUAUGAUUGAAUCAGUUACCCUUUGUAAUAACAUAAAUGAUGAAGAAACCUAUAACAAACUUAGUGAUGCUUUUAUUGAAAUGUGGCUUGGAUUUGAAUCCUAUCUUAGAAAUAGCGUAAGGCAGCCAGAUUGGUGGUAUUACAUUUUUUUUUUAUUUACAAGAGGCAUCCCGAAAUAUUAUGGAAAAAGAGGCAGUAGUAUCAUUGGAAAGAUCCUAAUUGAUUUACUGGACUUGUCAAUGUUGAAACAGUCUUCCAUAAAUUACUACAUUUGUGUUACACUAAAGAAUUUAGCUCAUAGCAUUAUGUCUCUAAAUGAUAGUACUGUUUCUGAUAUAUUUAUAAACUGUAUAUCCUCUUCUAACUUUCUCAUAAAACAGAUUGCUAUUGAAAGUUUUGUCUAUUUUGCUAAUAUUCAUCAUGAACUUUUAACAAAUGUAUCAAAAGAUGUAAAUACAGAAUAUUAUGUAUCUGAUUACUAUAAAAAAAUUCCGUUAUGCAAAGCUAAUAAUAAAUUUGCUUUUUCUAAUGCAUUCGUACAUAAAUGUUAUUUACAAGAGUCAAAUGUUCCUCCAACUAAAAAAAUUAAGUAUGAUUCUGAUGGCAAAGAAAUUAGUUCAUUAUUAUCUAAACUAACAGAUUGCAUAAAUCAGAUAAAAGAUUUUACCAUUAAUAGAAACCUCUCAUUUGAAGAUAUGGAAAUCAUCAAUUUAGCAAUAAGUGACUUGACUAAGCUCAGUAUUGAAAAAUAAUAUUCCUGUAUAUUAUAUUUACAUUUUAUUCUGUAUAAAAUGCACCACAUAUCAAUUGGAUCCUUGGACUUAACCAGCAUUAAAAUAUACAUUUGUGUUUUAUUUUAAAUUUGGUUAUUUCAUAUAAAAAUAUCUUUUAUAUUAUGAGUCUGUUUUAAGAUUUUUAAAUAAAAUAUUUAUUACUAUUGA